CGACCCCUGUCCUGGUUGACAUGACAACUUUCCCGACCCCGGUCCUGGUUGACAUGACAACUUUCCCGACCUGCUGAUGACCCGUGUGUCAUCCCUGUGAUAUUCCUGCCCGGUGGGACCAUCUUAAACAACACAUCAUGGAUGAGGAGUCUGUGGACCAAGUGCCCAACCUGUCUCCUCUUCCUGACUGUAACCAUGGUGACCAGAGCUCACUGUUGAGCCAGCGGGAGAUGGUGUUGGAAAACCACGAUUAUCUCCAUCACCGUGAAACACUGGCCUCAAAGGUUUCAGAGGAAGAGAGAGGAGUGUGGUGCGAGUCUGAUGUCCCUGUAGUACAACAGAACAACCUCGACAACACAACAUCAUCCACUAAGAAGUCUUUCCCUUGCUCUGUGUGUGGACGACUCUUCACUACAAAACAGUCCCGGGACCGACACAUGAAGAGCCACACGGGAGAGAAGCCGUUCCACUGCACCGUGUGUGGGAAGAGCUUCUCUCAGCAGUCCUCCUUUAGGAUACACCAGAAGAGCCACACGGGGGAGAAGCCCUACCGCUGCCUUGCACCUGACUGUGGGAAGAGCUUCUACCAAUCAGGAGCCUUGUUGAGACACGGAAGGGGUCACGCUGAGGGGUCGACUAGACUAAGUGCUGCUGGAGAUGUGCUGCCACACCAACAGGAGCUGCUUGUCCAACAGGACGAUACUAGUAACAAGAAUUCUAAACUUCAGGCUGUAGUGGAUGUGCUGCCAGAGCAAGAGGAUGUCCGUCUGGCUCAAGGAGACAGUCCUGCCCCUCCUCCCAGCUCCGUCCCCUCUACACCGGGAGGACUACCUGUCCAACACCAGCAGAACCACAACACACAUGUACACAUCAAGGAGAGACCACACCCCUGCCCCGACUGUGGUAAAAGGUUCCUCUCCCUGGGAGACCUGAAGAGACACCAGCAGAGCUUCUCCGAGGAGAGACCGUACAGCUGCUCUGAGUGCAGGAAGAGUUUCACCCAGCCGGGGUUCCUAAGGGCACACCAGAGGACACACACCGGGGUAAAAGGUUACCGCUGCCCCUACUGUCACAAGGACUUCUUCACUGCCUCCAGUCUGAGGAGACACAGGAAGCAGGCGCAUGCGGAAGAGACCGUUACGCUGCCCCCUAGUGGUGGACUCCAGCUGUCACAUGCUGGAGAGAGCCUGGGUCAAGCUGAAGCUGGUGUACCAGGACUGAAGGUCAUAGUGAAGGAGGAGGAGGAUCCUGCUUUUGUUCAUCCAGAGGACCUGGAUGAAGGAGGAUCGAUAUUCCUCAUCAACCUGGAUGAAGCCUCUGUAGUGACCACCAGGAGAUAUAUAUUCCUCAUGAACCUGGAUAAAGCCUCUGUACUGACCACCAGGAGAUAUAUAUUCCUCAUCAACCUGGAUGAAGCCUCUGUAGUGACGAGAUCGAUAUUCCUCAUCAACCUGGAUAAAGCCUUUAGCUUCGCCCAGAAGGGGAGCCUGACGCUCCACCAGAUCGUCCACACCGGAGAGAAACCUUACUCCUGCCCCGACUGUGGGAACACCUUCUCCCAGAUGAUCAGCACACCUGCAGAGAGACUUCACCGCUGCUCUGUGUGUGGGAAGAGCUUCUUCACACCCUCAGGACUCAGGGAUCACCAGAGGUCUCACACAGGAGAGAAACCAUUCCCUUGCUCUGUGUGUGGGAAGAGCUUCUCACGGCCUGGUCCCCUGAGAGAACACCAGCAGACUCACACGGGAGAUGGUGGACAGGUGGAGCGAGACCGCGGCAAGGACCCUGGUGACCGAUCGAGACCCAAACCCAAAGAGUCCCUGGGUGAAACUCUGGGACUGAAAAUUAUAGUUGAAGAACUGGAGAAAGAAGAGGAGGCGAGAGAAGAAGAUGAGGAAGUUGGUGGUUUGAUCAAUUCCGACGGAGAGGAAGUUGGUCACGUUUCUCUUUCUAGAAAAAGCCCUGUCCCGGUCUUUGUUAGCGGUGAGAUUCCCUCUACAUCAACAGAACCAGAACAACACCAAAACAUCCAGGAGAAACGAUACAGAACCAAGAAGCCUCACCUCUGCUCGGUGUGUGGAAAGGAGUUCCCUAAACCAUCGAAGCUAGUUGCACAUCUCCGCACACACAGUGGAGAGAAACCCUUCCGCUGCUCCGUGUGCGGAAGAGGUUUCUCCACAGGGGGUAUCACCCUACAGAGACACCUUCUGACGCACACAGGGGAGAAACCCUACCACUGUUCUGUCUGCGGGAAGAGGUUCAUCCAGCGAGGGAAUCUGUUAAAACACCAGAAGGUACACACUGGAGAGAAACCUUACUCCUGCUCCGUGUGUGGACGGAGUUUCCCUCGAUUUGAGCGUCUGAAGGACCACCAGCGGACACAUACAGGAGAGAAACCUCAAUCUUGCGAUGUCUGUGGGAUGAGGUUCUCCUACGCAUCCUCCCUCAAGGUCCAUCGCAGGAUGCACACCGGGGAGAGACCUUACCAGUGCUCUGUCUGUGGGGAGAGCUUCAACUCAACAGCAAACCUGAGGAAACACAGACAGUCCCACACUGGAGAUAAAGGGUCUGCUAACAUGAAGAGGGGUCGGCUCCUGAGGUCGUCCUACACUGGAGAGGGGUCUGCUGCUAUUACGGGAGGAUUUCAGACUGCUGGAGGUGAUGCUCUGGGAAGCGUGGUCAAAGAUAAAAGCUCUCUGGAUCCUGACCCAGGCCACGGUGAAGGCUGCAGUCAAACAUCUACCAUAUAUAUCGAGAGUAAAGAAGAAGAGGAGGAGGAGGAGGAAGUUGGUGGUUUGAUAAAUUCUGAAGGAGAAGAAGUUCAUUGGGAUUACCUCAGUCCUGGAUCUUCAGCAUUGCAGGGCCCGAAGUCAGUUUCUGAAAGGUUUGAGAACCAAGUUGAAGACGAGGAUGAUGUGGAAGAAGAGGAAAUUGGUGGUCUGAUCAAUUCAGACGGAGAAGAAAUUGGUUGGGAUCGUCAUCGUAUCAGACAGCGUGUCAGCCGUCCUUCUGACAGCGAGGAGAGUCCCUCCGCAUCAGGAGAACCUGAACAACACCAGGAGGAUCCCAACAACACCAAGUCUCACCACUGCUUUAGAUGUGGGAAAGACUUUGCCAACAUCUCUAACCUACGGCGACACCAGAAGAGACACUCAGGAGAGAGUUCCGAACACAGAUCUGACAGCGAAGCCAGGAAGUCCCACUGCUGCCCAGAAUGUGGAAGAGACUGUAAGAAGCUAUCAGCUCUACAAAAACACAUGAAGAUCCACACAGGAGAGAAGCCGUACCCUUGCUCCGUGUGUGGGAAACAGUUCCGUGAAAGAACAGCCCUCCGCGACCACCAGAAAGUGCACACGAGAGAAAAACCUUACCCUUGCCCCGACUGUGGGAAGAGGUUCGCUCACUCAGGAGCUAUGAAGAGACACCUGCUGACGCACACCGGAGAAAAACCUUACUCCUGCUCUGUGUGUGGGAGGAGCUACACCCAGAUAGGGCGACUGAGAGAACACGAGCGAACACACAGCGAUGAGAAACACGACUGUUCCAUCUGUUGGAGGAGCUUCGCCAGAGCUAAGGCCCUCGUCGCUCACUUCAGGACCCACACUGGAGAGAGACCCUACAGCUGUGAGGAGUGCGGGAAGAGCUACGUACGAACCCAGAACCUCCGAGCCCAUCAGAGGAAAAGUCACAGCAGCUCACUACCAAACCCAGGGACUGGGACAGGGGAAAACCUGGCUGCAGGGGUGAAGAGUGAAGAGGAUUCUAUUAGCAUCAGUGACGAAGAAGAGAAGGAGUUGAUGCUAGCAGGGUGGAGGAGAAUGAGGACUAGCCAACCAUAUUAGGAUAGAUUCCUCUUUGUGCUGACCAUCUCUAGACACCGAAUUAAUAGAAUGGACCAGAGCGAGGACUAGCCAACCACAUAGAAUUUUCUACAUCCAAAAUGGUACCCUAUUCCCUAAAUACCAGGUCCUGGUCAAAACUAGUGCACUAUAUAUAGGGAAUCGGGUGUCAUUUGGGAUGCAGAUAGAGUCUGUGGUGAUGAUCUGUAGACAAAGAACCAAUAGAAUGGACUGUAGUUCUAAAUUCCACCAGCGGAGGGCGAGCAGUGUCGGACGAAAAUUAUUAGUGUUGAGAAAUUCAGUUUUACCUAAAGCAUACACUACAUGACUAAAAGUAUGUGGACACCUGCUCAUCUAACAUCUCAUUCCAAAAUCAUUGGCAUUAAUAUGGAGUCGGUCCCGACUUUGCUGCUAUAACAGCCUCCACCUCUUCUGGGAAGG